ACUGGAGGGCGGGCCGAAGGCCGGAUCUCUAAAGAAUACCAUUAAAUAUUAAUGAGCCGCCUUCGGCGGAGCCGGGGGUGCAGGGAGAAACGUCCCCACGCCGGCGGUCCUCGCCCCCGACCGCCCCCUCAUGAAUAUGCAGAGAGGCUGCCCGCCGCGCACGGCCCCGCCCGCCCCUCUCCUCCCAGCGCCACCGACUCUCCCUUCAAACGGGAAACAAGAUGGCGGCGGCAGGUCCGAGCACUCGGGCUUCUUCCGCGGCAGCCACAGCGGCUCUGAGCCGGCGGGGCCGGCGGGGCCGCUGUGACGAGAUGGCGGCCGCGAAGGCCAGGGUUCCGGGCCCGGCCUCUAGCCCCGCGUUGUUAGUGUUGCCGCGGCCGCCGCGGCCGGAGGAGUCGGGCUGCGCCGGCUGCCUGGAGACCCCCGGGGAAGUGGCGGCCCUGCCGUGCGGCCACUCGCGGUGCCGAGGCUGCGCUUCACGCGCGGCGGGCCCGGGCUGCCGUCGCUGCCGUCCCCGCGGCUCGGGCUGGGCCCGCCGUCGGGCCCGCGACGACGGCCAGGCCGCCGCGGAGCUGCUGGGCGAGCGCGCCCGUCGCGGACAGCCGGAGCGCUGCCGCCCGCGCCGGGACGGGGGCGCGGCCGCCGCGGGGCCCAGGCCGGACCCGGAGCCGCGCGCGGAGCCAGAGUUUAUAUUCAGAGCACCAAUCAAAUUAAGCAAGCCCGGAGAACUUCGUGAGGAAUAUGAAUGCCUAAGAAAGCUGAGAGAAGAGAAGUUACAAGAAGAAAAAACUUGUGAAGACCAGAUCCAUAAGAUACUGCAGGAGGAUCCAGAAAUGGGGAAAAGGAAAACAGAUGAACAGAAAAAAAGAGAUGAGCCAGUAGUGUUGAAAACAAGUCUGGAGCAGUGUCCUGCACGUCUCUCAGAUUCAGAGAAUGAAGAGCCUUCUCGGGGCCAAAUGAUCCAGACUCAUCGCUCGGCCUUUGUUUCCAAGAACAGCUCCUACUCCUUAGCUUUCCUGGCAGGGAAGCUGAACAGCAAGGUGCAGAGGAGUCAGAGCUGCAGCGACACAGUUGAGGACAGGGUGAAGAGCAGGCUCAGAGCAGCUCCACCCAACAGAGCCAAGGUCACAACUAUAACUCCAGGCUCCACCCCCAUUAUUGGUGUUCUCUUGUCCACCCAAAACAACCGCUGCCUCUCAGCGCCUGACUUAACCAUCGAAAAGCGCCUGCCCUUCAGCUCCCUUUCGUCCUUGGCUUCCUUGCAUAAGCCAGAGCGCUCCAUCAGCCCUGAAAGCAACGACAGCAUCUCUGAAGAACUGAACCACUUCAAGCCCAUUGUCUGCUCGCCAUGCACCCCUCCCAAGAGACUCCCUGAUGGCCGAGUGCUGAGUCCACUCAUCAUCAAAUCAACACCUCGAAACCUGAACAGAAGCCUGCAGAAGCAGACUUCCUACGAGGCUAGUCCACGGAUCCUCAAGAAGUGGGAACAGAUCUUCCAGGAGCGGCAGAUCAAGAAGACCCUUUCCAAAGCCACUCUCACCUCCCUGGCCCCUGAAGGAGGGGAGGAGUUACCAGGCUCUGAAGCUAUCCAUUCCAGCAAGGAGAGGCCGCCCCUGGCUUUAAGCACAAGACUGUCCAGGGCCCAGAUGCUCUCAGAGUGUGCUGGGCCCACCUCCACUGCCCUUGAGUAUUUCCCUUCUGUUCACCAGACAAAAGUAGAUCAGGACUGUGUUAGAAAAAGGAGCCAUGAGGUCCCGCUGGAGACCUGCCACUCCUCAGAGUACAGAGGAGUAGCCAGUGGGCCUUCUUUGGAAGGGGGGCAGUUUGAGGAGUCAAGGUCCACCCUAGAUGCCACAUUAGACAAAACUUGCAUGAGCACAGUCAUGAAGACCUCGGCACUUAAUUCAGUGCUGCCUAAAAGUGAUGUUUUGGGUGGGGUCUUUAAAACAAAGAAACAGCUGAAGACACUCAGUCAUUUUGAUUUGGCUAAUGGCAUUCUGAUCGACAGCCUAGGAGAGGAGCCAAUUCCUUCCCUGCGUAGGGGCCGGAAAAGGCGCUGUAAGACCAAGCACUUGGAGCAAAAUGGUGUUAAGAAACUGCGACCACCCAGCAGUGACAUGGGCCUGGCCCCCAAAGAGCCAGGGCUGCGUGAGGUGGGGCAGAAAUGGCAGGGGGAGGAAGAGGACCGGCCGAUGGCUCUGCAGUCCCAGCGCAUAGUUGACAGUGAGAGGCGGACUGUGAGCCGGCGGAAAGGCAACGUGGAUCAGUAUCUCUUACGGUCCAGCAGCCUGGCUGGGGCCAAGUAGCAUUUACUGUACAGUGUGGUGUUACCUGCUUUUCAGAGGCCCUUGGCCUCAGUCAUUUAUCCAAAAGAGCUAGCUCAAUGUUCUCACUUUGAGUUUCUUUCAAUGGCAAAACACUGUCUAAUAUAAUUCUGAGAGGCUUCAGAGCCUUGGUAAUCAAAUCCAAGGGUCUGAAUAUUUGGCUCUCCAGGAUCUGGGCCAUACUCCUCACCCCCUGAGUGAGCCAACUCUGAAGGCUUCUGGGCCCAAAUCCAGCAGCACCCACUUGGAAUGAGAUUGGGAUUGGCCUCAUUCAUGAACAUGAUGGCCAGAGUUAGAGAUGGCAGGGAAAGGGUACCUUCUCACACUCAUAAGACCCUGGCGUCUUACAACAGAGCAGUGUUUAGGUCAGCCUUGCAGAUAGAUCUUCACUCUCCAGAGACAAACAGUGCAGUGCUGUGAAGACCCGAGGUAAAUAAGUGACCACGUUCGUCUUUGUCACACACACACACACACACACACACACACACACACACACACACACACACCCGUAACUGUACACCUAAGUUGGUUGAGCUUAGAACUUUGGCUUCUCCAGAACUUGAUUUACAGUUUAGACUAUGACAUUUGAUCGAUGCUGUGUGACUGAUACCUGCUCUUCCUGACUUGUGAGUGGUGUCAGCUGGGUGAUGAAGCUGCCAUGCAGAUGUUCAGGUUCUCCCAACUGCCAAGUGUCUCCUGGCCACAAGUCCCAUGGAUUCUCCACCAUCAUGGGGUGCCCAAAGGAAAUACAACCCAAGGGCCUGCCACGGCCACCUAGGGAGACUGGCCAGGCACUGAGUGUGACAGUGUGAAGCCCACCUAGAAACAGUUGGUGUUGCUGAGAUGUAAAUCAUAGAACUGCAGUGAACUCGCCUGCCCCACUCACAGGCUCCUGUUUUCCCAGGAGUCCUAGCCUGUGAAAUAACUAGGAGGUUUCCUUACUGCUUUCCACUUGGCAAUGGCUAUCUGCAAUUUCGGUCUAAAAAUCAUGAAAAACUUGCCCCAAAGUCAGGCAAAGAUAAUGCUGAGACUCGAUAUUGUGGAAACAAGGUAUCUAGCUGGAUGCAGCUGGUAAAUGUAGUCCCAUGGACCUUUGGGGUUUAUUUUUCUUAGCAGAUGACACUGUGUGUCUUUUGCAUCCCUGGUGGUGCUUGGUGCUUCUGCCUUUCUGGGCUCAAUGAAAAUAGGGAUUAUGAUAUGAUUUUAGGGACUCUCAGGUGGGCUGGCGUUCCCUGUGUCUGUAUGAGCUGUUACCAUAGUCAUGUGACUGGCAUUUUAACAAACCUUCCAGAGCUUCUGUACCCACCCUUUGCUGACCCCCUUGAAAGGUCCCAGCAGGAUAGUACAUAAUUCUCCAGUGAAGUUGCCUUUUAUCAGAGUGUUUCUAAAACAGUCAGUUUAGAAAUAGCUAGAGCUACAGUCAGCGGCUGAGGGUAGUUACCUGUAGUGCUGUUUCCUGGGGGCAGAUGUCAGGCUUUUGGGAUUCUAGAAGAGAGAACCUCAGAUUUGGAAUUAGCCCAAAGUUGGUUGAAGCUUCUAGGAAGGUGGGAAGGAGCAUGUGGAGUCCCAAGCAAGGUGUCCAUGAAGCAGACAGAGCUACUUUCUCUGUGGCUCAGAGCUGACUCUUCCCAGGGAUGCUGGAUGUGUGUGGCCAUCACCAAGAUAGGUGGCUUCAGAGGCUGCUCUGAUGGGGAACCUGUUUGAGUCCUGGCAUGUGGGUAUAUGUUUUACAAACACACAAUGGUCUCAUUCCUUUAUAUUCAUGCCACUUUACUUCUUGUCCUAGGCAUCUUAAGGCUUUAAGGGCUGCUAAAGGCCUGUUAAUGCCCCAAAAAGGAGAGCUGGCCCUGGUGUGCACAUACAAGGAGAUUCCAUUGGAGAAAACUGAAAUGUCUGCCUCUUCCUGUAUUCCCUUUAUGAUCCUAGAGAUUAUUAUUGGAAGGCUAGUCUUACUGGGCAGUAGCAAAGACACUUAUUUUUCCACAUGCCACCCUUUUAUAUGUCACUAACCAGUAGAAAAACACUUUCCGUUGGAAUUAAUUUUUGGUUUUGGUAAAAAGAUAAAAUAUUUUUAAUAGAUGAGAAAUAUAUAUUUUAAAUGGCCCCUUGGCUUUGAGAGUGUGCGUAGUGGUAGUAACAAGUGCAGUGUCGCUGCUAAGCGAGUGUUGCCAACUCGGGCCGACUGUGGCUGUCCCUGCGCACCCCAGAGAGACUCAGGUGUGCUGCAGACAGUGUCGAUUCCCAUGCUUCCUGCUGAGCAGUGCUCCUCCAAGUAGAGGCGAGAGUUUCCGGUGAGGAGGAAAGGCUUUGAAGAUGGAACACUGCUAACGUGUCGCGUGCAGGAAGCUCUCACAUCUAGUCACUGAAACCUGAACACUGUCUCUGAAAAUCCCCAUCACAGUGCUUUCUGAAGUCCUUCACAGCUACAGUUGCUGACGUGGACUCCUGACGAGUAGAGACAAUUAGAAUGGGCGGGAGGGCUGGCGAGCGAAAAAGAGAUUUCACAGAAUCAAUACUUCCCACGAGUCACUGCAGUUCUGUCUACCCUGCACAUUGCCCGUGUUCCGCUUGUCCUUGUGUGUGCAUUCUGCUUGUUUCCCUUUGUUAUUAAAGAGGAAAUGAGGAACAGGACGGUACGUCUUGCCAUUCCUCAAGAGGGCUUAGCAGCCCUUCUCCAGAGAAGUAACCCUGCGGCUGAUUGUACCUGGUGGAAGAAGUCAUCUGGAUGGAUUGGUGUCAAGUCAGGGAUUAUUCAGCCAGCAACUGACUGCUGUCCCUUAGUUACCUUAAAAACAAAACAAAAAAAAAAAACCCAAACAAAAAAAAAAAAGUUAAGUCUGGCUGAGGUUUGUCCAGGAAUCCUUUCUUAAUUUACUUCAAGUUCCAAGAAAUGAGGCAGGUCUGGAUCACUGAUAGGACCGGAGAAGCCCAUUCUUCACUUGAGUGACCUCCUAAUGCAUUCCCCAAGCUGACUCUCACUAGAACCUGAAGUGACUUGGGGUUUCCUCUUCCUAACUUGUCACUGAAGUGGAGAGCCAUCAGGAGAGGGUAGAGGCUAGCUUAUCAUAUGGGAUAUUAAAGCUGGACCAACCCUAGCCCCUCUUUAAAUGAAGACCCACUGUUCUGGUUUCUGCUGUAGUUCUCUAGGGCUGAAUAAUAGUGAGUUAUACAAUUUGUGAAUGAAGGGAACACCCGAGUGACAGAGGUUUGAGAAUGGCUUUUUCUUUGUUUCUUUCGGUGAAGAUGUACCGACUUCCCCUGAAUACACCCAUACUAUAUAGGGUACUUAAUAGGGAAAACCCCGUAGUGUGAGCUAAGUAAUGAGUGGAAUUUUGUUGUAGUUAUUUUAAUCAUAGCCUUUGCUGUUUCUUUCCAAAUUGACCUCUUUAGCAUCUUAAAUCUUUCUUAGACAGCCCUUUCCUUAUCAACCAGAGGAUGCUCCUUAGAUUUAGCCUUUAGAGAGAAAGGAGCUGGCUAAAGUUCUUAUGAGCCAGUAGGGCAGGGAGCAGAUUUUGAGGACAAGGCUGCUGCACAGAUUCUCUUUGAUGACCCAGAAUGCUCCUUUGCCUGUGGUUAGUCUGUAGCGUUCUGAAGACUAUUCCACAGAAGAGAGGUAGAUACACAGAGUUACCAAUGUAGUCAAAGGGGAUGGCGGGAGAGGCGCCAAGCCCACUUGAGCAGACUACUCUGUGUCUCACCAGUGUUUCUUCUGAGGGAAAAAUGUACUUUUGUGUUUCCUAAGUUUGUUGCCAGGAAUGUGUGAGUGCUGACCUUAGGCUCUGAACAGGCCCCCUCCCUUUCUGGUGUCUCAGGUCCAGAAAGAGCUGGAUAAAGUCAUGCUAAGGUCAGGGUCAAGCUGUGCAGGGAGCAGCUUCCUCCUGGUGCCAGGUUCCUGUAAUAGCAGUCAGUUCUCCCUAGCUGGCACUUGCCCUCCAACUGUGCCACCAGCGCAGCCCGGCAGAUCCCGGUUUGCAUCAGACAUGACCAUCAGCCUGAAGCCUCCAGCAAAGCAAGAUAACAGAUACUAUGCAAGACAGGAAGUGACUAGUUGAAAUGCCAACUAGUGGGUGUCGCCCCCCCCCUUUCUUUUUGCACCUGAUACACUGUUUACUCUUAACUGUACAAAUAUAGUUGUAUUAAGAGCCAAGAGCUGAACCUUUCCACCUAGAAAUAUAAAUUGGUUGUCUGUUUGGUUUUAGGCAACCUGCUAUAGCUCCUUGUGGUCUGGUGGUUGUGACUUGCUCAACCUGUUUACAUUAGGAUCGGAGAAGGGGCCUUGCAUCCUGGUGGACUGCCUGCCACUGCUGUCUGUACCCCCUUGACUCAUAAAGAGCCUUUUGACAGAGGACUUGGGACAAGGUAUGUCCUGUCAAGGGAUGCUGUUACCACAGUGAAGUGGUGUGGAUCAGGUGGGACGAUGUGUGAUUAAAACAGUACCAAAGUGCGUUCUUCAGUGUGUGUAUGCGCCUGUUCCAGGCGAGGCCCAAGCUGAAAGUGCAGUAAAGCACUCAUGAAAGCAAA